ACAAUCGUCGAUUCUUCGUUGCUUUGUUUAGCGGUUAAAACCUUGAACUUAAACCCUAGACGUUGAGGUUUUAUAUGCUUUCGACAUAACUCCUUACAGAGUUAGAUUAUGUUCUACGAACACCUAAAUUUAGCUUCUGUUUUUUGGUUUUGGUAAAAUUUAAUUCUUUAUCCUUUCAAUUUAACAGCGGCAUUUCUGUUUAAAAUAAAGGAUCCAAUAUGUCCGAAAAUAAACCUCAAUCGGAUUCGAUUCAAAAUCCUAGAGUGACAUGGGAAGGUUGCAGCGUAUUGCUCGACAUCAACGACGGCGAUCGCCUUGUUUUCGCUCGACUCUCUGCCGGCUCGACCUUGAAAAUUGGGAAUAAGACAUGCUCUUUGCAGCCAUUGAUAGGAUGUCCUUUUGGUUCUCUGUUUCAAGUUGAAAGCGGAAAGGAAAAGCCUUACCUUUCCCGCUAUAUUCCCUCCACCGAAGUUCAAGAUGAAGGAGGUUGUCUAUUAAAAGAAGAAUCCCGAGACAAUCGAGCAAUAAUUGAUAACAAUGAAGCCCAAAGCCUCACCGGUGAAGAUAUAGAUGCGAUGCGGAGACAGGGGGCAACAGGAAACGAAAUUGUAGAGGCUCUCAUUGCUAACAGUGCAACAUUUGAAAAGAAAACACAGUUCUCACAGGAAAAAUAUAGGCUUAAGAAGCAGAAGAAAUAUGCACCCAGAGUACUUCUAAGACGUCCCUUUUCUCGAAGUAUAUGUGAGGCAUACUUCAAGAAAUAUCCAGCUCGAAUUGGAUUUUUGCGAGUGGAUGCUUUAUCUCUGUUGAUUUCAAUGGCUAAUGUUACUGCAAAUUCAGAUGUCCUUGUAGUGGAUAUGGUUGGUGGACUUCUUACCGGUGCCGUGGCAGAGCGUUUAGGAGGUACAGGUAGUUUGUGCAAUACUUAUCCUGGAGGUACACCCUAUCCUAUGGAGAUAAUAAGGAUGUUCAACUUCAAUAAUGAAAUUUGCAAGAGAAUUUUUCGGUGUUCACUCAAAGACCUUUGUUCAGCCCAAAAUGGAACUGAUGAGCAAGUUGGCCAACUAAAAGAUGUCUCUACAGUGGAGAGUCAAUCUAAUGAGCAAACAUCCUUAUCAGUUAGCACGGAAGAAGUUCAUCUUUCAUCAGAAAAUGAUGUUGCAGACCUUGUUCCUGAGAAUGAACUUUCUGCAGUAAGCAAAACUUGCAAAGCCCCAAAAGCUGGAGACAAGGCACCGAAAGAAGCCAUUCAGUUAUGGAAAGAAAAUGGUUUCUCUAGCCUAAUUAUUGCUGCGCCAGAGCAGGAUGCUUGGAGCUUAGUUAAGGAUUUGCUGCCCCUUCUAUCAUACUCAGCUCCUUUUGCAAUCUAUCACCAGUAUCUGCAGCCUCUUGCGACAUGCAUGCACAAUCUGCAACUUGAGAAAAUGGCAAUUGGGUUACAAAUUUCAGAACCUUGGUUACGCGAAUAUCAGGUUCUUCCAUCAAGAACCCAUCCCUGCAUGCAGAUGAGUGGAUCUGGGGGCUACAUUCUAAGCGGUACUAGGACAUUUACAAGCCAAUCCUAGUUCCUAAAAUUACAGAGAAAGGAAAGUGGAGAAUGUCCUAAUGUGAUGUAUCUACUCUAACCCCUUAAAGAUCAUUAAUGGAAGCUGAUGACGUAGCUAUCAACCAACCGGAUUGCGACAUGUGGUCGAAUAAAUAUCAUGCCACCUGUUGAGACCUUCUUCAAUUGUACACGUUGCCACAGACAUGGCACCACGCGGCACACCAUUUCCAUCUGGUUUCAAAUUCAAAGUUUUGGAAAUGCAAAUUGUACUCUUCUUUAUCUUUAUUUGUAACUAUACCAAUUCGUUGUUGUGAUAAAAGUUAGUGAUGUAAACUACUUUAAAGUUGAAUUUAUUAGACAAAUUUCCAGUUUCAGUUACAGUUGUUGAUUUUUUUUUAAUGAAACAGCUCACACAUUUUGUGAUGUCAAAAA